AUGGACCAGUACGGCAAGGCCGGGAUGGUGCACUUGCAUGCAUCAAAUCUGGAGCAGAAGCAGAACGAGACAGAAAACAAGAAAGUCCAUGGAGACGUGGUCAAAUAUGGAACUGUCAUACAGCUGCUCCACAUGAAGAGUAAUAAAUACCUGACGGUGAACAAACGGCUGCCGGCUCUGCUGGAGAAGAACGCCAUGCGAGUCACUCUGGACGGGACGGGAAACGAAGGCUCCUGGCUCUUCAUCCAGCCGUUCUGGAAGCUGCGUGCCAACGGAGACAAUGUGGUGGUGGGAGAUAAAGUGAUCCUGAACCCGGUGAACGCUGGUCAGCCGCUGCACGCUUCAAACUACGAACUGACCGACCACCCGGGAUGCAAAGAGGUGAACUCUGUGAACUGCAACACCAGCUGGAAGAUCAACCUAUUCAUGAUGUUCAACGAUCACAGAGAGGAAGUCCUCAAAGGAGGCGACGUGGUGCGUUUGUUUCACGCUGAGCAGGAAAAGUUUCUGACCUGCGAUGAAUACAAGAGCAAACUCCACGUUUUCCUCCGAACCACGCUGAGGCAGUCAGCAACGUCAGCGACCAGCUCCAACGCCCUGUGGGAGGUUGAGGUUGUCCAUCAUGAUCCGUGCCGCGGAGGGGCGGGACAUUGGAACAGUCUCUACCGUUUCAAACACCUGGCCACUGGAAACUACCUGGCUGCUGAGGAGAACCCGGGUUAUAAAGGAGACAAUGUGGAGCUGUCUUCCUCGAUGGACGGUAGCCGUAGCAACAAGCGGUCCCACGGAGAGAGGAUCAAGUACAAGCUGGUCGCGGUGCCUCAUGGGAGCGACAUCGCCUCGCUGUUCGAGCUCGACCCGACUACGCUGCAGAAAACCGACUCCUUCGUACCACGAAACUCAUACGUGCGACUGAGGCAUCUUUGCACGAACACCUGGAUCCAGAGCACCAACGUCCCCAUCGAUAUCGAUGAGGAGCGACCUAUCAGGCUCAUGGAGCUGGCCGACCAGAAGAAUGCUCCCUACCAGUACAUGCUCAGACUCAGCUACAGAGUCCUCCGGCACUCUCAGGAUGACUACCGCAAGAACCAGGAGUAUAUAGCGAAGCAGUUCGGUGUGAUGCAGAGUCAGAUUGGGUACGACAUCCUGGCUGAGGACACCAUCACUGCCCUGCUGCACAACAACCGCAAACUGCUGGAGAAACACAUCACCAAGACCGAGGUGGAGACCUUUGUCAGUCUGGUCCGCAAGAACCGAGAACCCAGGUUUUUGGACUACCUGUCAGACCUGUGUGUGUCCAACAACGUGGCCAUCCCCGUCACACAGGAGCUCAUCUGUAAAUGUGUCCUGGACCCCAAAAACCAGGACAUCCUCAUUAAGACAGAGCGUCGUGUUCCAAAGGAGGCGCCCUCUGGUGGUGUUCAAGGAGACUACAUGGCAAUGGAUGACUUUGGAGAUGAGGAUGAGGUGGUGAGUUUGGCCAGACAUUUGAUCUACUUUGGCUUCUACAGUUUUUUUGAGUUGCUCAGACUCACAAGGACCCUGCUGGGCAUCAUUGACUGCAGACUCAAUCCAGGACACGCUGGUCUCGUAUUCAAUGAUGAUGCAUCAGGCAAGAACGUGAAGCGCUCUAUACACGGGAUGGGUCAGAUGAUGUCGACCAUGGUCCUCAACAGGAAACAGUCCAUAUUUGGAGGUGCAGUUUCCAGAGGGGCAGGAAUGGGGCCAGCGCUUGUGCUUGAAGGACAAAGAGGCAGUAAAGAUAGUCUCGACAACAUGGACUUGACAGUGAUGGAUACUAAGCUGAAGAUACUGGAGAUAUUACAGUUCAUCCUGAAUGUCCGUCUGGACUACCGCCUCUCCUUCCUCCUGUCUGUAUUUAAGAAGGAGUUUGUGGACGUUUAUCCCAUGGCUGACGCUGACGCUACCACUAAUAUGGAGCAUGCAGAUGUGCCGGUUAACAUGGACAUGACAGCCACCAUCAACCUGCAGUUCAUUGGAGAGCAGGCAGAGGCCAUGUUUGGAGUUGGAAAAGGGAACAGUAUCCUGGAAGUGGAUGAUGAAGGUGGUCGCAUGUUCCUGCGGGUGUUGAUCCACCUCACAAUGCACGACUACGCUCCUCUGGUGUCUGCAGCCCUGCAGCUGCUUUUCAGACACUUCAGCCAGCGACAGGAAAUGUUACAUACCUUCAAACAGGUCCAGUUGCUGAUCUCCGCUCAGGAUGUGGAGAACUACAAGCUGAUUAAAGCAGAUCUAGAUCGCCUCAGGACAUUGGUGGAGAAAUCUGAACUGUGGGUGGAGAAGAAAAGCUCGGGAGGAGGAGAAGGGAAGAAGGACAAGAAAGACAAGAAGGAAAAAACAGAGGGGGCAUCACAAGAGGCAACACCCAAGAAGGAGAAACUGAAGGAGGGUAACGAGAACUACCAGAAAGUCAAAGAGAUCCUGGAGAGGUUGAAUAAGAUGUGCAGCAGCGGAGUUUGGAAGAAGCAGCAGAGGCUGCUAAAAAACAUGGGUGCUCAUAAAGUGAUGCUGGACCUGCUGCAGGUCUCCUACGACAAGCUCCUGGAGGCGGAGACAGUGCAGCACAUCUUCAGUAAUAACUACCAACUGUGCAGCGAGAUCUCCGAGAGCGUGCUGCAUCACUUCAUCCACUGCCUGGCAACGCACGGCCGCCAUGUCCAGUACCUCAACUUCCUCCACACCAUCAUCAAGGCUGAGGGCAAGUACGUCAAGAAGUGUCAGGACAUGAUCAUGACCGAGUUAACAAACGCCGGUGAGGACGUGGUCGUCUUUUACAACGACAAAAACUCGUUUAAAGUCAUGCUGGAGCUGAUGGCAGAGAGCAGGGAGGGCGUCGGUGAGACCAGCCCACUCAGGUAUCACAUCUCUCUGGUGGAGCUUCUGGCUGCUUGUGCAGAGGGGAAGAACGUGUACACGGAGAUUAAAUGCACCUCCCUGCUGCCCCUGGAGGAUGUGGUCAGAGUGGUGACCCAUGAGGACUGCAUUACUGAGGUGAAAGUUGCCUAUGUGAACUUUGUGAAUCACUGCUAUGUGGACACAGAGGUGGAGAUGAAGGAGAUCUACACAUCCAACCACAUCUGGAAUCUGUUUGAGGACUUCACUGUGGACAUGGCUCGGUUCUCUCUCUGUGCAGCUAAGAGUCGCUCCAUCUCUGUGCCUUUGGAACUGGAGGCUCAGAUCAACACCAUGCUGUCCACUUCAGCUUUGAACUCUUUGUCGCGCACCAAUCCAAACUACAAAUCCUCCUCCCGCCACGUCCGCCCUAGCGCUCCUACCAACCCCUGGGACUACAAGAACAUCAUCGAGAAGCUGCAGGACAUCAUAAACACUCUGGAGGAGCGUCUGAAGCCACUGGUGAACGCUGAGCUUUCGGUGUUGGUGGAUGUCCUCCAUCAGCCGGAGCUGCUGUUCCCUGAAGGAACCGACAUCCGACAGCGCUGUGAGUCCGGAGGAUUCAUUUCCAAGUUGAUCCAGCACACCAAGGCGCUGAUGUCUUCAGAGGAGAAGCUGUGCAUCAAAGUCCUAAAGACUCUGCAGGAGAUGCUGAUCAGGACUCUGGACUUUGAUGAAAAGGGACUAGUGCUGCGGAAAGUUUUACUGCAAAACUACUUGUUUCCAAACAAGAAGACCAACCAGAAGAAUGACUUGGCUGAACUUGGAGUUCCAGGCGGUGAACAGGAGCGGGACUGGGCGGCAGUGGCAGCAAUCCAGUGUCGUCUGGAUCGUGAAGGAGGAACGAAGCUGUUCACAGAUCUGGUGAUGAGCACCAAGAAUGAUAAGAUCUUCCAGGAGAGCAUCCAGCUGGCCAUCUGUCUGCUGGAGGGAGGAAACACUGAGAUACAGAACUCCUUCUACAAACUGAUGAUGGGUGACAACAAGUCAGAGAAGUUCUUUAAAGUGUUUAAUGACAGAAUGAAAGAAGCUCAGGCCGACAUUAAAGCAACGGUUUCUGUUAAUGUUGGAGAGGUGACACACAAGGCCAACGAGAAGCUGGAGAACGGUGGCUCCACCACAAUGGGUGUACUUCCGGGUACAGGGGGUCAUCCACUGUUGGUACCAGGGGCGCCCAUUGCCCCAGGCACCUCCACCCUGCCAGCUCAACCUAUUGAAGAGCAGAAGGAGGUGGAGACAGAGAUGGGACCAGCUGUUACCAUCAUGAAGCCGAUCUUGAGGUUCCUACAGCUGCUUUGUGAGAACCACAACAACGACCUACAGAACUUCCUGCGUUGUCAGAAUAACAAAGCCAACUACAACCUCGUGUGUGAGACACUUCAGUUCCUGGACAUCAUGUGUGGUAGUACGACGGGUGGCCUGGGCCUGCUGGGCUUGUACAUCAAUGAAUCAAAUGUCCACCUCAUCAUUCAGACCCUGGAAACACUUACAGAGUACUGCCAAGGACCCUGCCAAGAGAACCAGACAUGUAUCGUGACCCACGAGUCCAACGGCAUCGACAUCAUAACGGCUCUGAUCCUGAAUGACAUCAGUCCUCUAUGUCGCUAUCGGAUGGAGAUGGUGCUGCAGCUGAAGGACAAUGCCUCCAAGCUGCUGUUGGCUCUUAUGGAGAGUCGCCACGACAGUGAGAACGCAGAGAGGAUUCUGCUGAACCUGCGGCCACGAGAGCUGGUGGAGGUGAUAAAGAAGGCCUACAACCAGGAGAGUGAAUGUGAAGGUGUGGAGGUGGAAGCUUCUCCUCGGGAGGUGGGGCACAACAUCUACAUCCUGGCUCAGCAGCUGGCGAGACACAACAAAGUCCUUCACAACCUCCUAAAACCUCAAAAGAACAAUAAAGAGGGAGAGGAGGGCAUUUCCUCAAUGCUGAACCUGAACAACAUUGUUCGCGAGGACCGCAGCAUGGAGCAGAUUGUGUUUCCCGUUCAUCCCAUCUGUGAGUUUCUGACAGAGGAGUCAAAGAUCAGGGUGUUCAACACCACCGAGCUGGACGAGCAGGGAUCCAAAGUCACACAUUUCUUCGAGCAAACAUCCUUCCUGCACGGAGAAAUGGAGUGGCAGAAGAAGCUGAGGAGUAUGCCAGUGUUGUACUGGUUCUCCAGAAGAAUGACUCUGUGGGGAACAAUCUCCUUUAAACUUGCCCUCUUCGUCAACCUCAUCAUCGCUUUCUUCUACCCCUACGACUCCGGACAAGGUGCGAUCGACGACUCUCUGUUGUUGAUGCUGUUCUGGGUCCUGGUCGGUCUCUCCAUCCUGGGUUUGUUCUCUCAGCGUGCUCUCACGCCGUUCACCGUCGCUCUGAUCCUCAGGUCCAUCUACCACCUAGGCAUUGGCAACACGCUAAUAGUGCUGGGAACGCUUAAUCUCAUCAAUAAAGUGGUGUUUGUGGUGAGUUUUGUGGGAAACAACGGCACAUUUAUUAUGGGGUACAAGGCCAUGGUGAUGGAUGUGGAGUUCCUCUAUCACCUGGCAUACGUCCUGACGUCCACACUGGGACUCUUCGUUCACGAGCUCUUCUACAGCAUCCUGCUUUUUGACCUGAUCUACAGGGAGGAGACCCUGUUAAAUGUGAUAAACAGCGUGACGCGUAACGGGCGCUCCAUCCUGCUCACGGCACUGCUCGCUCUCAUCCUCGUGUACCUCUUCUCCAUUGUGGGCUUCCUCUUCCUGAAGGAGGACUUCAUUAUGGAGGUCGACCCGCUGGCACAGAUUGCUGCAGCUUCUCAAAAUAGUGAAGCCUCUCAGGAUUUCCUCAAGUCGUGCUCUGCAGACGGAGUCAGCUGCACUGCAGAGACCAACACUGAAGAGGAAGGUAAGAGACAGACACAUCACUGUAUCGUUACUGUGCUGAACCACGGACUGAGGAAUGGAGGAGGAGUGGGAGACGUCCUCCGCAAACCAUCUAAGAACGAGCCACUGUUUCCCGCUCGCGUUGUGUAUGACCUGCUGUUCUACUUCAUCGUCAUCAUCAUCGUCCUCAACUUGAUCUUCGGUGUCAUCAUCGACACGUUUGCAGACUUGAGGAGUGAGAAGCAGAAGAAGGAAGAAAUUCUGAAAACAACAUGUUUCAUUUGCGGCCUCGAGAGAGACAAGUUUGACAAUAAGACGGUGUCUUUCGAAGAGCACAUCAAACUGGAGCACAAUAUCUGGAACUACCUCUACUUUAUCGUUUUGGUGCGCGAGAAAAACAAGACAGACUACACGGGACCGGAGAGCUACGUGGCUCACAUGAUCAAGGUGGGAAACGUUAAAGGAAGAAAAGUGACACGGCUGCGAGUUCAGGUUCACAAAUAA